UGGCUUCAGUGGUCCUGGGCUCAGUGGCCUGUGGCUUCAGGGCUUAGUGGUCUGGGGCUCCGGUGGCCUGUGUGGCUCUGGGGCCUAGGUCUUCAGGCCUGGGCUCAGUGGUCUGUGGCUCUGGGGCUCAGGGGUCUGGGGCUCUGUGGCCUAGGGCUCAGGCCUGUGGCCUGUGGCCUGUGGGCUUCAGGGCUUGUGGCCUGUGGCUCAGUGUCAGUGGCUCUGGGGUCUGUGGCCUGUGGCCUAGUGGCUUGUGGGCCUGGGUGGCCUGGGCCUAGGCUCAGUGGCCUGUGGCCUCGGGCCUCAGGGCCUGUGGCUCAGGGCCUGUGGCCUCGGGCUCAGUGGCUCAGUGGCCUGAGGCCCUGGGCUCAGUGGCCUAGGGCCUGUGGCCUGUGGCCUCGUGGCCUGCGGCUCAGUGGCCUGUGGCCUCGGGCUCAGGGCCCGUGGCCUGUGGCUCAUGGGCUCAGUGGCCUAGGCCCAGGCCUCAGGGCCAGUGGCCCUGGGCCUGGUGGCCUCAGGGCUCAGGGCCUGGGCCUAGUGGCCUCGGGCCUGGGCCUCAGUGGCCUGUGGCCUCAGUGGCCCAGGCCUUGGCCUCGGGCUCUGGGGCUCAGUGGCCUGUGGCCCAGUGGCCUGGUGGCCCAGGGCUCCAGGGCCUGUGGCCUGUGGCCUCGUGGCUCUGGGCUCAGGCCUGUGGCCUCAGUGGCCCAGGGCCUGUGGCCUGGGCCUCAGGGCUCAGUGGCCUGUGGCCUGGGCCUCAGUGGCCUCAGGUCUAGGCCUGGCUCAGUGGUCAGUGGCCUGUGGCCUGGGCCUAGGCUCAGUGGCUCGGGUCUGGUGGCUCAGGGCCUAGGGCCCAGGCCUGGCCAGGGCUCUAGUGGCCUAGGGCCU